AAGUUUCCAAGAUGGCGGCGUGGACCUGCCUGUCCGCUGGAAAACAAUAGAAACAACACAGAGGGACAGAGUUAGCCCGAUCUAACUGACGAAUCCGCUGCCUGCUCUUUACACCUUACUCAUCUCGAGUCGGGCUCGGCCAAGGGGAGGAUUAUCCGCGCCGGCACCUUGGCAGAAACAAAUUAAAAGUAUGAUGCUUUAUUUAAAUGUUUCAGGCUAGCCACCUAGCUAGGUUGCAAGCCAGCUAGCCGAGCUCUCGUUAGCCUGUCUACCCAAAACAUAGCCCUAGCAGCUAGCGACUAACGGCUGCAAGGAGGCGGAGGAUCAGCUGUUUGCUAGACAGAUGCUGUAGGAAGAGCGGACAGCAACACUUUAACAUGAGUGCCGCUGUGACUGAAGGCCAUUAGCAAGACAAAGGUCGCCUCCAUGGAGCCAGCACAGGAGUCUUUGUAAAGGGCAAGGGGGGGUGUAUAGACGCCCAGAGUGAAAAAGAGCCAAAUUCAGCAUUUUAUGGACGAAACCUGAACCGGGAGUUUACUACAAGUCUUUAUUGAUGAUGGCGGAUUUUGUUACACCGCGACACAGCGCGGUGAUGGAGAGGCUCCGCCGGAGGAUCGAGCUCUUCCGGCAGCAUCACAACAGCUGCGAGAGCCGCUACGAGAACGCGACGCUGGAGCGACUGGAGCUGGAGAGGCAACAGACCUUCGCCCUGCACCAGCGCUGCCUGCAGGCCAAAGCCAAGCGGUCCAACAAGCACCGGCAGCCCCAGCCAAGCGGAGACCAGUCCGGCCAGAGAGCGCCGGGCGGCGGCGGCAGCGGAGAACACGGGGAGAGCGGAGGGACGGCGGCGGAGCAGAGCCGCAACAGCACCCUGAUAGCGCUGCAGGAGACCGUGAAGAGGAAGUUGGAGAGUGCUGGUUCUCCACUGGGCAGAGAUCAGAUCAACAGUUUCAGUGACGGUUUUCCCCCCAACAAGAAGGCCUGUCUGGACAACGGAACCGCCAACGGCUCCCCGCUCGACUCCAAGCUGGGCAUCAGCGAUGCACUCAACUCUAACGGCACUCACGGGCAGGUGGGAGAGUCGACGGACAGCGGCAGGGAGUCGGUCUCGGACUUCCAUCGGAAGGAGAUGAAGCAGGAGCCCGAUGACAUCCUGCCCAUCAUGCCUCCAUCGGGAGGAGGCAACAACAGCUUGUUCCCCGACCUGAACCUGAACGAGCAGGAGUGGACAGAGCUGAUGGAGGAGCUGAACUGCUCUGUGGCAUACGAGGACAUCCAGGACAUUCUCAAUGACGGCUUCGAGGACCGUAAAGACCCUCUGGAGCUGGCAUCGACUACAGGUGGGGCUGGGGCUGUGGGAGGAGGAGCAGGCGGAGCAGCAGGAGGUGUAGGAGGCCAGUCAUCUCAGGGUCUGCUUCCUCCUGAUCUGGUCAAUGUGAAGUCGGAGUUCUCCCCGGCGUCGGUGGCCUUUGAGCAGGACUCUCGCACUGGCUCCCCCCAUGUUAGGUCCACCUCCUCCGGGCCUCCUCCUCACCCCACCAGCUCCCCUGUUGCCUCCUCCUCUGCCUCAUCCCCAGCUCUGCCCCCAUCUCAGCCAGCUCCUCCCCCCAGACAGCUUCAGCCUCCCCCCAACCAUCUCCUCCCUCCGGGUCCCCCGGUGCCUAAAGACCUGUCCCCCGCCCAACAGCUGCAGCAGCUGGCUGCCCAGCAGCAAAGGGCCCAGCACCUCCACGGCCAGAUGCAGCACAAACAGCCACAGCCGGGGUCCAAGUUUCACAACCAGGGGCCCCAUGCCCACCCCCCGCCUUGGCCCCAGAUGGCAAACACCUCUCAGAGCCCACUAGGGGGCGCGUUUGGUAUGGACAAGCCCACAAGCCCCUCUCUGUACCCACAGGACUUCAACCCCAGCGGGCAGAAGCAGCUGCUGAUGCCUAGUCAGCCCAAUAAAGUAUCUCCCAAGGCGGGGGCUAGCAGCUACAUGCAGGGGCCCACCGGACACCCGAACAUGUUGGGGCACCCGACUUCAGGGCCUCCCCUCAGUCACGCGCCGGCCCCUGGAGCUCAGGUCUCGGCUGCCAUGCUGAGCUACAACAACACCAAACCUCUGUCGCACUUUGAGGCAGGGCCCGGACCACCGCGGCCCCCCAACACCCAGAGUCAGAACAAGGCGGCACUGCUGACGCUGCUCCGUCAACAGCAGCAGAUCAAACAGAAGAGCAACAUGAACUUCCGCCAGCAUAUCCCACACACACAGGACCAGAACACAUAUCCUGCUCCUCCACAUGGCCCGGGCCCUGCCAACAGUAUGACAUCCGCGGCCGGUAACAACGGUAUGGCGGCCCAGCCGGGGGCCAGUGCCUUGACAGGUAACCACGGUAACGGAGCGUACAUGAGCAGCCAGGCGGCGGCGGUGGCAGCACUGAAACAACAGCAGCAGCAACAUCAACAGAUCCUGGAACAGCAGAAGCAACAGCAGCAGUACAUGCAGAGACAGCAGCUCAUGGCUGAACAGGAGAAGCAGCGGCAGCAGGACCAGCAGCUGCAGAGACACCUGACCAGACCUCCUCCACAGUACCAGGACCAGCCAGGACAACCGGCUAAUCAGAACCCUUUCCCUCAGCCACCAGUCAACCAGUUUACAGCUUCCUCCCAGCCAAUGGGGAGCGUCGGCUCCAUGGGAGGCCCCGCCCCUGGCUCACAGCGUAUGUUCCCUCAGAACCAAGGUAUGAUGGGUAUGAACAUGGGUCAGGGUGGCGGGCCAUCAGGUGGUGUAGCGCCGCCCCCUGCAGCGAGUCAGGCUGACAUCAGUCUGUCGUCCUGCGGAGGGGGCGGGGCUGGUGUGGACGUGCAGCAGGUGCUUUACAACAACAUGAACCUUCACCCAAGCCACCCAAACCACCCAGCCCACCCACCGCAGCAGCCCGGCCUGCAGCGCCAGCCUCUGGGUGCCAUGAGCGCCUCCUACAGACAGAACCUCCUGGCUCAGCAGCAGCACCUGAAGACGCAGCCCAAUGCUGCCAUGUUGAAGCAGCAGCAGCUGGCCGCCGCUGCGGCCCGCAUGCCGGGCUCUAUGCAGAGCAGUAUGGCAGCCAACCUGUCUGGUUCCAUGCCCGGUAGCAUGCAGGGACCUCAGAGUGCCGCCUGGCAGCAGCAGCUGGUCAACCAGCCGCCCUCCAGUAACAGCAGCCUGCCACCAAACGCCUUCAACAACGGCGCCAACAGCUUCCACCUGCAGCAGCAGCAGACGCGCAUUCCCAAGAUGGCGCCUGGGUCUGCACCCUUUGGUUCAAACCCAGGUGGGCGUCCAAUGGGGGGCCUGAACCCCGGGCAGCAAAUGAUGCAGACAAACAUGGCAGCUGCUCAGCAGAGGGCACCGCCUAACCCUCAGAGCCUCAGUCAGCCAAUGACCAAUCAGCAGCAGACUCAACAACAACAGGCCAAUCAGAACCAGGCUGUCCUGCCCGACCUGGUGGCAUUCGGACAGCCGCAGGGCAACAGCCGCCAGGGACUACAGUGUAACCAAGGUUACCAGGUGAGCAGGACUGCCAGUCAGCAGCAGCAGCAGGUGUCGUUCGGAUACAACGUGGCGUCGGGCAGCUUCGCCGGAGAGAGCGAGCUGGUCGACUCCCUGCUGAAGGGUCAGAGCACCCAGGAGUGGAUGGCUGACCUUGACGAACUGCUCGCCAGCCACCACUAGUCAGACUCACUUGUGUGCACCUGGAGAACCUGAAGCCUGCUCAGCUGAGAGGCCGCACUGCUGUACCCGGAGGACGAGCCGCAGCCGCAAUGUUUUAAAUACAGACUGACAGUGUUAGCAUUAGCCUCACAGCUAGCUGAUGGUGAACAUCAGUCUGUACCUUUCACCUGUCUGAGGUAUGACAGCUGACUGGCUGGUGAGGUUGUGUUUCCUGCUCUGAUGUGAUGAGACUGAAUCUGAUUUCAUCAGAGUAGAAACAGGAGGUUUUGUUUUCAUCAUCAGUUCAGUUCCCUGAGUCAGAGCAGAGUUAAUGACAUCAUGUCAGAGAUCAGUCAGCGAGUUGAAGAUUUAAUUCAGCAGACGGUCAGAAAUAAAACCAGUCGAGUUACAGAUGAGCCCUGAUGUGUUUCAACACCAGACGUCAUUUAAAAACCUCCAAAUUUAACGAUGACUUUCUCAUAGCAGAAUUACACACCUGGUAGAACAGAACUUGAAGAACUACUUUAAUUCUCCAAUAUUAACAGACAUUUUCACAUUCACUUAACAGUAAGCCCCUCUUGAAAAUAUCAGUUUUUAGCUCUGGGCUAUUGGAGCUACAUGUACCUGCAACAUUUAACCAAUUUCAUCUGCUUCAAUUUGCUAGUUUUCAGGGUUUAUGCACAUUUAAUCAGUGAGUUUUGAUUCCUCAUGUUAUGAUAUUUAAAUCUAUUUGGAUUUCACAUUUUUUAUGUCAAUUUGAAAACCUGCUCAGAGACAAACUUUCUGGUUCCGGUUCAUUUAUGUGAAAUAUUCAUUAAACAGCCCACUUAGUUGAUGGGUAACAUUGGGCACAGUAUUCUGAAACAUCCUCAGAUAAAAAAAUCUGAUUAUAUGUAGAGAUAAAAGCCUCUGUAUGAAAACCUUUAUGAUGGUUGAUGAGCUUCUGUUGUCUCGUUGUGUACAUUUUCGUAUCAAAUUGCAGCCUCAGAAUGAAAUCAUCACAAAAAAUAAGAUCUUUAUACUUUGUUUUUCCUUUUCUAAGCUGAACUGUGUCGGCAGCAACAACACAACACUAAAAUUUCCAGCUGGAGUUUUGUCUCUGUUCUGUUGCAUUUCAGGUCAGUUUUUUUUAAAAUCCCAAGGUGUCAUCAUCAUUCCACAGGGAACACGUCUGUUUGGUUGUCAUGUGUUAAUAUACUGAGUUAAUAUAUCUGUUAUUUGAGUUUUUGUUCUUCAGGUGUGUAAAUCUGUAACCGAGUGACUCGUCUGCAGACGCUCAUAGUGUUGAUUCAGUAACACACCACAGUGUUUAUUGAUGACUGGAGACUGAAUAGACAAGUCGUAUUGAGACUACUGAACCCUCAGCUCAGUGUUAAACCACUGCUGCCGCCCACAGCGCCACCUACAGACUGUCAGCUGCACCUAGUUGCGGUUUCAACAAACCUUUUACAACCCGAUGUCAAAUCAGUCCGAAAGAAAACAUACAAAGUCACUUUAAAGGAGCAUUGUGGUGUUUUUGCACGUUUUACAGUAUUCAUCACUGUGACGACUUCACAAACAUUUAAUUACCUUUAAACAUCUUUCAUGUUUGCCUUUAUUUUUCUAGUUUCAUCAUAGUUUUCUGUUAUGUUGGUCUGACUUAACAGCAACAUGUCACUGAUGAAAUCAAAAGCAGAUGUGACAGCAGAGCCACAGUGGAUUUUCAUACUGUAGGGAAAUGUCAGCUGCUGGGAGGACAAAUAUUUAAAUAUCUAAUACAAUACAUGCAACACUUUGUUUAGGGAAAUGAUCUGCAGUCGUGGCAAGUGAUUUAAGGUCGAAGUCAAGAACUAACUAUAAUUUCAGUAGUGAGUCAGCUGGAUGAUCUGCACAAUGUCUGGAUCUUCCAUAACAUCUUUAUUUAAAUAAACACCAACAAGUCACUGCAGAUAUCGCUCUGUUCACCAGACUGAAACAUCCUCCUGUUCUCUCUUUCCUUCAGACCAAUCAGUCAAAACGUUUUCAGUACAAGAAGUAACUGUAGAACAUGCACACUGACCAGCAAAUGUUAAGAUGUAAGAGUUCUCUCAUUGAACUAAGACAGAGCUCCACUUCCUCCCGCUGCACUGGCACGAGGCCACAGAGUCGAUGCUUCAGUCUUCGUGCUGCAUCAUGUCGGUCAUGUAUCAUUAAUACGUCCUGCCUGUGAACUUUAAAUUCCUGACCUGUAAAUGGGUCAGACUGAGCUGAUCUCAUAGUUUUCCUCUCCUCUGACAGCCAAGACAUUGAGUAAGGGAUGAAGCAUUAAACUCUUCUUCUCCGCCGACAAAGUUCUCUUCAGUAUUUCAAGGUUUUCGUGACAUUUUUAUGAGUUGACAUCUUGCUGUAGAUGUAAUCUAAAUGCAGCACAGGAACAGCAAAACACACAAGUGAUAAAAAUUCAUAAAGUUUUAGUUUUAAAAGCA